GCGGAGCGACACACUUGUAUAAAAGCACAACCUGGGCCAGCUGUCAUUCUCAGAGGUGUGAUGAAGACGACAAUUCAUGAUUGUUCAUUGAAAGGAGAUAAAUAGCUUCGACACUUUGGCAUGGGGUGUCCGGGUUGUAUUUUCGUCUAACCUGUGCGCGCAGUAGGAAGCCUAGUCUCCAACUUUAAAGAUGGAUGAAAUAUUUAACCACAGUGGAGCAGUGAACCGAAGUUCGCCCGGCGAUGAGAAGUUCAGUUUCGAAGACAUCGAUGUCGGCGCAGACGGCACCCCCAUCCUGAGGAUACUCAUCUCUGUGGUGUACUCUGUAGUUUGCGCAGUGGGUUUGGUGGGGAACUUGCUCGUCUUUUUCCUCAUGAGGUUACGACAAGGUCGAAAGAGGUCCACCAUCAAUUUUUUCAUCAUCAACUUGGCAAUAACAGACUUCCAGUUCGUGCUCACUUUGCCCUUCUGGGCUGUGGACACCGCGCUGGACUUCAGUUGGCCGUUUGGAGACGCCAUGUGCAAAAUCAUCCUCUCAGUCACCGUGAUGAACAUGUAUGCAAGCGUCUUUUUUCUCACUGCCAUGAGUGUUACUCGUUACUUGUCUGUCGCCUCUGCUCUGAAGAAAAAAUCUUACAGAAGGUCACGGUGUGUGAAGUGGGUUUGCGCGGUGCUGUGGGUGGCGGCAACCGUCGCCACAGCUCCAACAACUAUCUUCUCCACUGUAACGGUGGUCGCUGGAGAAAAACUCUGUCUCCUCAAGUUCCCAGAGGGGCACGACUGGCUCGCCCUCUAUCAUAUCCAGAAAAUCUUGAUAGCUUUUAUCAUCCCUAUGCUCAUAGUCUCUGUCAACUAUCUGAUGCUUCUGCGCUUCGUGAGACGUAGAAGUAUGGACAGCAGCAACCCCAAACGGAGAUCGAGAGUCACCAAAUCUGUUGCUAUAGUGGUUUUGUCCUUUUUCUGCUGCUGGAUGCCAAACCAUGCCAUCACCUUUUGGGGCGUCUUGGUCAAAUUUAACGCAGUCAACUGGGAUAAGUCAUAUUACAUGGUGCACACCUAUGUGUUCCCUGUUACUGUGUGCUUGGCGCACGCAAACAGCUGCCUGAACCCGGUGCUUUACUGCCUGAUGAGGCCAGAGAUCAGGAAGAUGCUCAGCGGUUUAUUUUGGAGAGUUUCCACUCCAUCCACCAACAAGGGCUGCGCGACGCGUUCUUUUACGCAGGGAGAAACUCAGGGAGUCGUGCCUCUCCAAAUUAUGGACAAUGGAGAGUACACGCUGUCCAUCAUAGACCGUAAAGGCUUAUCAAGCUCCAAAAAGAUCAUACACGCCUGAUAACUUCAGCCUGGUGAAACAUAGCUGCUGCUUUAUAGUGAGAAGCGACAGAAAAAAAGAGUGACUGCGACAAAUGUGACACAAGGGAGAAAAACAUCCCCGUCACACGGUGCAUUUUAGAGCAGAGUCCUACAGAAGACUCCCAGCAAAUCGUGGUGGGAUUAUAUGAUGUAAAAGCGCCUACAAUGGAGAUGGAGAUUAAAAUAGAAUCACAAGGUUGAUUACUAUUCAUGUACAGUCUGUAAAACCUGUCUGUA